AUGGCGCUCUCGCUCUAUCGCCGUAUUCUGCGCGUGGCACGAACAUGGGAAGGCACCUGCAUGGAACAACAGUGGAUUCGAGAGGAGGGCAGACGCCGCUUCGAGGAAAUGCGCACGUUGCGCGACGCUGCGGCAAUCGACGAUGCGAUCCGAGCGGGACACAAUCAGGUGGACGUGGCGCUGCACUACAAGAUCUGCUACCCGCGACCGCAGUACGUGGACCCGGGCACAAUGGGCGGAGAGACCGACUUUCGGCGUCAGUCGUCACGGAGCAACACGAGACGCGGGCGGCUGCACAAGAGCAAAGUGCAGAGCGAAUUCCGCCCGGACGGACGGUAA